AAUUCCAUUUUGCGGACAAAAUGUCGCUAUUCUUGAUUGUCAAGCUAUUUUCUCGUCGCAAUGUUCCGUUCUGGCGCAUAGUAUGUAUGAAACAUCGCGGUUUGGCGUGUGCGCUCUAUUUUAUUUUAGACAAGACUUGACGGCUGUUUAAAAAAACUUCAUGGCUCUUUGUUUGACUUCAAUAUACCAUUCCUUGGGUUUUUCGUAAACAACUACUUCCAAGCAACGUGAAAAUCCAAUGAAUUGGACGGAAAAUCUACAUUGAAGUGAGUGAUACAUCUAGCUAUUGCAUCACUGGUGCACGAAAUCCUAUAUUAUCUGUCGCGUGAUGGAAGAAAAGAUGGAUAGUGAUCAGAGCUACAGUGAGGAGAGCAGCAGCUCUUCGGAUUCCUCGAGCGGGAGCUCGGAGGGCGACGAGGAGGUCAUGGAACCGGUUCGUAUCCUUGGACAAACUUUGGAGCUACCACAAGAAUUAUGCGAGGACUAUGCUGUAUUCAAAGAGUUCUUUUCCAUGAAAACUUGGGAUUCAUUGGAAGAAAAACACAAAGAGGAACUUUUAGCUUUGUUGCCAACGUUCUCUGAAAAUGAGGAGGAAGAGAAGCAAACUACUAUUAAGAUGCUGUUCAAUCAUGAACCCUUUCAUUUCACAUCACCACUUGGUGAUUUUUAUAAUAAUUUAAGACAAGGCAACUACAGACCGGAUAUUGCCAAGAUGAGAAAGUUCCUGACGAAAGCCAGGAUUAAGCAACAGAGGCACAAGAGGAAAUCAUAUUAUGCAAAACUGUUGCCUGAAGUACUCAUAUCACGUGAGAGACUGUUAGCAGCUGCAAGAGCUGCUCCACCUGGACCUACUCCAAAAAUAUCACAUCUUCCACCAAAACCAUCAAGUAAGAACAAUUUCAAGCCAGUGUAUGUGAGAGCUAGACAAAGAUACUUUGAGGAGUUAGCAGCUAUUAGAAGUGAGGUGGGUGGGGACGAGACUGAAGAUGAAAAUUACCCUGAAGGACCUCCUGAACAGUUCAUAAAAAGGAGGAAACAAGUUAACUCUGUACAGAAUGCUGAAAGUAUAUCGGGCACAUUAGGUGGUUCAGAUCAAUCACUACCAACCUCUUUAGAAUGCUUAAAGAAUGUUCUAGCAGCACACAGAGCAAGGAGACAGUAUAGAGAGAACCAUCCUGAAUUGAAUGUAAUUGGGAUCACUUUGGAUGAUAUAAAACAAAGAGUGGCUGUUGUGAAUGGUGCCAAAAAACUUAUGUUUGGUAGUCAAAAAACAGGUUCACCUAUACAAAAGCUAAAGAGGGGACCAAAAGUAGGUGGGAAACAGACAAAAUCACAAGAGACCAAAGCAAUGAAAAAGUUAAAGGAGGAACAACUUGAUAGCACUGAUAAUAAACCACUGUUGCCUAAUAUUAAAAUAAAGUGUGAACAAGAAGAGUCUGAUUCAGAAAGCUCAUCUACUGUAGAUCCAGUUACUAGCCCAAAAAUAUCUAAAAAAUCGUUAGACCGUGUAGAGGUCAAAAGAGAAAGUAUUGAUGCUAAAUACUCAACUGCUGUAUCAAGUUUAAGCUAUAGUGACACUGAAAUGAAGAGUGUUAUAAAACAAGAACCACCUGACUCUAUGACGCCAAUGCAAAAUUCAUCUAGACAUAAUCAACCAUAUCCAAUUAAAUUGGAAGAUCUGGAUGGACUUGACAUGAUGGCAUUACCAGUAGAGCUGGCUGAUGAGUCAGGUGAGGUGAUUCAAGUUGACACUUCGACAGAGGGCGGUGUGGAGAUGGAAGAGGUGGUAGAGGCAGAGGAAUGCCUGACGGAGACGACGCACGCGAGCUUCCUGUCGCUGGUGCGCGCGCUGUUCCCCGCGCGAGCCGCGCACCGCGCCUCCAAACCGCAGCUGCGCGCCCGCGCACGCGCCGUGCUCGCCUCGCCCAUCGCGCCGCUCAACACCUGGUACCACUUGUCUGAUGACUGGUGUGCGGAAUUAGAUUCAGCAUUAGAUUUUCUGGCUGGCGAAAGAGGGCCGCAUCCAGAUGAUUUUGUGCCAUAUUUGCAAUUUUUGCCUGAAACACAGAUGUAUCAAUGGAUUGGUGCGGGUCGAGAUUGUGAUGCAAUAUUGGGACGAUUAUGUGAGCGAUGGUUAAGAGCAGCAUCACCCGUUCAACCAGCAUGUGAAGCGCCUCCUCCUAGAUAUCCAACUUCAUGGGUGGUGCGGUCACCGACUACUGCGGAAAUAGCAGAAUUUAGAGCACAAGAACGACGAAGGUUUUUAUCUGCGGCGAAACCUUUCACGUACAUACAACACGGGUACCGCGCGGUGGUGGGUCCGUGCGUGCGGCUGUGGGGCGGCGCGGCGGCGGCGGGCGCGGGCGCGGCGCUGCUGUGCGCGGAGCGGCCGCGCCACGCCGGCUUCGGCGCGCUCGUGCGCGACGCGCUCGCGCGCCUGCCCAACGGCGAGGGCACGCGACACGACGUGCUCACGCUGCUCAAAAUGUCACAAUGGAUAGGGGCAUGCAGCGACCAGGCACUUCUCGCCGCGAUUACGACAACAUUGGAUAAAUUUAAUUCAGUUAAGAGAGAUCCAAUCGUUAAAUACGAUCAACGAACGGCUGUGUGGACGUAUUUACACAGGCAUAGAAGCGAGGAGGAGUGGCUGAAGCUGUGCGGUCGCGGGCGCAAGGCGGCGUCGCUCCCCGCGCCCCCCGCGCCCCCCGCCGCGCUCCCCGCGCCCGCCCCGCCGCCGCCCCUCGCGCCCCCCGCGCCACCCCGACCGCCGCCCGCCGCCACGCCUGUCAAAGACCUUGCUGUAACCACACCACCACACUCGGUGGAGCUCGAAGUGGGUAAUGUGGAAGAGAUCGUGGAAGCGUCGGACAGUGACGUGGACGUUGACGACAGCAACGUGUCGUCUACUGUCCCGCAGCUGUCGUCCGCACAACUCCUUAUGCAAGCCACUCAACAAACCAAACAACCGCAAGUACCUCUGCCGGUUAAACCCAAAGGAAAACUAGUUGCAACUCCACCGGCCAAACCGAAGGCGGCCUCUGUCAAGCAAGGCGUCACCAAGCAAAUGGGCUCGAAUAAAGCGGCGCUAAUGACUCAAUCAGUGAAACAGGCCAACUUGAUGGCUCAGUCGAUUAAGCAAGCGAGUCUGAUACAGGCGAAGACUGCGGCGCAAGCGGUAAAGACUGUACUUCAGGCAGCGAAGCCGAAUGCGGCGGCGCAAGGGGCUAAAGAAACGUCGCAAGCCAAACAAGGAACGCCUCCGGUGCCUAAGCUGUCCGCUCCGGCGCGACAGUCGACGGUGGUGAAACCCACGCCGUCCCCUAAACAGACUGUGUCGACAUUGCCUAAGAGUAUAGUGACUCAAUCGCAACUCAAUCUGAAUGUGGCGGCGUCGUUGUGCCAAACCAGUGCGUCUAUGUCGAAGUCGAUGCCGUCGCUAGUGACCACGCCGCAGAAGUCGCCGCUGAUCAAGCAGAGGCCUUUGCAGAAGUCUGAGUCACAGGUAGUUUUACCAAACCAAACGCAAGUACAAAACACCACCCUCAUACAUUCUCUUCCGACAACAACUGCUGCACAGAGUAUAAAUAAGGUGGUUCAAGGCACACGUUCUUUGUUAAUAAGGCCUCCCACGGUUCAGACAACGGCAUCUGCCACUAGUAAUAAUACUACACCACAGGUGACGCCAACGUCUCGCCGAGGAGUGGUCAGAGUACUAAGUCCAGCGACGCCUUCAUCAGGGAAGUCGCUAAUAUCACCGCGUGCUUUAAUGCAGUCAGGCACUCCGACGCCCAAAAAACGUACCACUACGCCAACCACAUCCUCGGUUACGACUAUUGCUCAGACUGCGCCGAGUGCUACCACCGUCGUAAGCAGUGUGCCCACCGCUGUGACGUCAUCAAUGUCGACGCGCACUGUCCAACUGGCUGGCGGUCGGACUGUACAGUUAGCGGCGAAUCAGACUGUUCAUUUGCCCGGUGGUCAAGCUGUGCAAUUAACAUCUGGGCACACCUUACAGCUGUCCUCCUUGCAGUUACCGACGCAUAGUGUUCGGCUACCAAGCGGGCAGACUGUACAGCUAGCCUCGCCUCAAGCAGUACAGGCUGUAAAGAUGUCUACUACUGCUGUGAAGAGCCCCAGUCCGCGCGCAUUGCAGACUUCAGCUACAGUGAAAAAUAUACAAACUAGCAGUCAACCAACCGUGCAGAUACCUGUGUCAACGGUGCAACUUGCGGGACAAACGGUUCACAUUGGGGGACAAACUGUACAAUUGGCCGGUCAAAGUGUACAGUUGACGGGGCAUACUGUUAAAUUACCCAGUGGUCAAAGUGUUCAAGUUGCUAGUCAAAGUGUUCUGCCGUCACAAAGCGUGCAGUUACCGAGCGGGCAAACGGUUCAGCUAUCUAGUGGUAACGUUCAGACUGUGCAAUUAAGUGGAACGAACGUUCAAUUGGCAGGACAAAGUGUUCAAAUGGCGGGUGGGCAAAGUGUGCAAUUAGGUUCUCAAACAGUUCAAUUAGGUGGGCAAACAGUUCAACUGGCUGGGGGACAGACAGUUCAAUUGCCCAGCGGUCAAACACUACAGUUAUCAAGUGGACAGACAGUGCAGUUGUCGAGUGGACAAACGUUGCAAUUAGCUAGUGGACAAACAGUGCAUUUAGCCAAUCAAGCUGGAAAAUCAAUAUCGCAGGUUAUUCGAAGUCAAACGCCAGUAGAAAAAUCUGCGACGGGCCAGCCAAUAGUUGCCAAAUUGCUCACCAAUUCACAGGGUCAGAUGAUAUCUCUGGAGAGCGUGGUGGGCGGGAGCGCGGGCGCGGCGGGCGUGGCGGGCGCGGCGGGAGUGCGCGCGCGCGGCGCGGUGCGCGUGCUGGCGCCCGCGUCGCGGCUGGCGCGGCCGCUGCUGCUCACCGCCGCCAAGCCGCUGCACAACAUCAUCCUGCAGCAAAGUGAUGGCAGUGCUAUUCGAGUAACGUCCAGUGGAGGUGCUCCCUCCUCGCAGACAUUAGUCCUCAGCAAUAUCGGCGCGCAAACCAUCACAACCUCGUCUUCAUCGGCGCCUGUUUUGAAACUACAACAGGUGAAUCCAAUACAACAAGUAAAACUCGCACAGGGAAUUAAAAUUCAACAGAGUGGCGCGGCGAGUACAGUGGCGACAUCUAGCGGCGUCCGCAGCGUACUAAUGGACGGGCAACAACUGAAGCUGGUCGGAGGCAGGCACGUGCUAGCCAGAAUACUGAGGCCCGCGCAUCCGCCACAGUAAACAUUUUUUCACGUUUACAUACUUUUUUACAUUUACCAAAUAGUUCUGUGGAUGUAAAGGUAAGUUAACGAAACGAAUCUCUUGAAUAUUGUAAAGGUAGAGUCAGUUUCGAAUUUAGUUGUUUGUGUUUAUUUAGAUUGGAAAUGUUUAGUUUAAGUCAACUAGUCGAAUGACAAGCUGACAGACUUACAAAUUAUGUAUAUAAAGUAUUACAUACACAAGCGAUUCGUUUCGCUAAUAUUACCAUAUUGUGUUAUAUAGGGUUUAUAAGAAAAUUAAAAAUCCACUGUCGACGCUUCUCACUGGGUCGAUUAGACGAAGCAUUUGAGAAUGUACUAUAACAGUAUUUGUACUGAACGUUUAGAUUUUCGUAUGAGAAAAUGUACGAAACUAUUGAUUCUUUGUGAAAUGACUAUUCCGUACUUGAUUUUGGUGUAUAAAAUUAUUUUCGAGUUUUAACAUUGUGACAUUCAUUAAAAUUUGUAUAUUGUUUAAAAGGUUAUUUAUUGUAAUUGUUUAAAGAGAAUGCGUGUAUGUUUCGACCGGCAAUAAAAUGUCCCUAUAAGGGAGUGAGUGUAGGUGUGUACAUAUUAACUGAGUGUAGAUAGUUCAAUGGAAGAUGCGUGCUUGGGGUAGAGAAAAGAUAAUUAGUAUUUCAUUUAUUCUACUUACUAAACUGUAAAGUUACAAUUUAGUUGAAGUAUUUUGUGGUAAAUAAUAAUUUAUUUUGUCUAUUUAUCUCAUUGAGAAUAUCUUGAAGUAUGUUAAGAUCAUAGUAUUUUUUUAAGGAAUUACACACGUUCCUCAUAUCGAGUUAUAACUUCGGAAUUAGUUUUUGAUGAUGGCGGUAUAUUGAAGGUAAAGGGUUAUUUAAAAAGGUGGAUUUUUUCCACACCAGAUCGAUUCGUAGCAAUUUAAGAUCUGUCAAUUGCAAUAUGUUUAUUUUGUUACGAGCGAUGGCUAUUUUGUUACAGAUGUAUGAUUUUUUCUUUCAAUUGUACAAAUAAUGUCUGUUACUAGGCCUGAUUAACUUUAAAUCAUUUGAAGAAUAAGUCAAUUGCUUAAAACA